AUGAUUGGCCUGUCGCGCGGAUGGGAAAUUCUUUUGCCAAAAGAUGAUUCUCACCUGUGGCUACCUUGGGCGACCGACUUCGCCAUGCUAUCCAUUCGGAGCCCGCGCUCCAAGUCUCCAAAGAGCCCUCGCGGGAUCCUCAAGAAGUCGCCGGAGCAUCCCCCAGCAGCCCCGCUGCCAAAGGCGGUGGAGAGAACGCCGUCGCUCUCCGAGACUUCCAACCACAGCGAGACUUCCAACCUCUCCGAGUGCUCGAGCAGCUCGCCGCGCCGCCGCCGCAGGGCAAUCAUCCUCGACCGGCCAUCCGCCGGGAGCGAGACCGAGUCCUCCGAUUAUGAGCUGAUAGAUGGGAUCGCGAGCGCUGCGGCGGCGCUGAAGGCGGCCGUCGAGGCGGAGGACGUCGAGGCGGCGCGCGCGCUGGUGCACGAGCACCCGGCCGCCGUCAAGCAGUGGCGGGAGUGCCGCACGCUGCUGCACGAGGCGGCCUCCGACGGCAGCCUCUCCCUCGUCAGCCUGCUGCUCGGCGCGGGCGCACCCCUGUGGCGGGCGGACGAGGAGGGGCAGACGGCGCUGCACGCGGCGUGCGCCUCCGAGCAGGUCGAGGCGGCGCGGCUGCUGUCGGAUCAGACGCCGUGCUGGGAGCUGACGGUAGAAGACAACUACCAGAUGACCCCUCUCCACCUUGCGACCGAGUCCGGGGUGGAGCCGCUGGUGGCGCUGCUACUCGAGCGGCUCACGCAGCUGUCGGGCACGCCGGGCGCCGACGUGGACGCCAUCAAGCAGCUGCGGCGCGGCACCGUCCAGUUCCUUGCCGCCCGGCACGGCUUUGCCGGAGUGCUCGAUCUGCUGCGCGACGACGGCGGCGGCGCAGAGGGCGGGGCGGCGGGCGAGGCGGCGGCGGCAGUGCGAGCGAGCCCAGAUUGUUCGGUCUCGGAGGAGGUGUGAGGGGGAGGGCCUGUUGACCACCCCUCUAGUGCGGCCCUCGUGCUGCCCAUUCCAUACGUGUGUUUUGGCCGCCUGAGCAUGCCGGUUGUGAUCCCGUCGUGUCGCAUGUACUCGUCGCGCGUGCAGUUGCUGGGACUGCAGAGCGCUGAGCGGAGAGAGAUAUCUUGCACACCUGCACAGUGUGCGUUGUGGUGAGAGAGCAUGUUGCGCAUGUCUUAGAUCGACCUAGUGGGUGGC